GAAUUGCCUGUCGGACACAAAUAGCUGGCGGACCAGCCGUUAACAUCCCUGCAGUGGACAAUCAACUCCUAUAAUGGGUGGUCAUUAUUUCGGUUGACAUCCCAAGACACCACACAAACGGAAAUGGACCGAAGUAGAUCCCCGAAAAGAAGCGGAAAAGUGGUGACAAAUGUGAAAGAAAAGAAACGACGAAGGUCUCCGUCCUCCUCUUCCUCAUCGUCGUCUUCCAGCAGCAGAAGUCGGAGCAAAUCGAAGAAAAAGUCACACAAAAGUCAAGGUGUAAAAACACAAAAGAAAAAGCGAAGACGAAGCUCCUCUUCAUCUUCUUCCUCGUCCUCCUCCUCCUCGUCGUCGUCGUCUUCUCCGUCGUCCGGUGAGGAAACGAAGAAAAAGAAGAAGAAGAAGAAAGCCAAGAAGAAGUCAAAGAAGAAGCAGGCCAAGCUGAAAAAGCGGCGCAAGAAGGAGAAGAAAAAGAAGCUGAAGAAGAGCAAAGUGGAGGAGGAGAAGAAGACGACGAAGGUGGACGAUAUACAGAAGAGGCUGAUGCAGCUCGCUGAGCCGCUUAGCAUCCCUCCACCCAAACCUUCCUCCUCGCUGGAGCUUUGGCAGAGCGACGAAGGCGGUGUCGAGCUCGGCCCAGUGAUGACGGAUGAGCAGAAGUCCCGGCUGGCCACCAGGAGGCCUCUGACCAAGGAGGAAUACGACGCCCGGCAGAGCGUCAUCCGUAGAGUGGUCGAUCCCGAAACGGGGCGCACCAGACUUGUGCGAGGUGAGGGUGAGAUCAUCGAGGAGAUCGUCAGCAGGGAGAAACACAAAGAUAUCAACAAGCAAGCCACCAAGGGAGAUGGCAGCUCCUUCCAGAGAAUGCUGGGGCUCAACAGAUAGGCACUCGAGGCCACGCUUGGGCACACUUGGAGAUAAAAACCUUCCGGAAGAUGUCUAUAUAUUUGAGAUAAAAGGCAUACUUUUUUU